AUGAGGAGGAUGUUCACCCAAAGAAUACUGCUUGCCUUGUUUCCAAAAGCCUCAGCUCAAAAACUGAUCCUGAUGAUGAUAUUUAUCCUUGUUUUCUGGGUCGUCUUCAUGGCUUCAAAAAACCACACAGAGUUUUUGUUCUACUUAAACAACCCCAUCACUCUGAAACGAUGGCACAUCUUCAAGUUCGUGCACUCUGAAGGGCUUCAGAGCACACCAGCAGCAGCAGCAGCACCAACUCCAGAGGCAGAGCCAGCUGUCACAGAAAUCCUGGAGAAGCUAAACCAGCAGAUCCCACCCAGGCCCUUCCCUCACCGCAGCAUCACCACCAGCGCCACACACAGCACAGCCACCAUCCUCAACCCUCGAGACACGCACUGCAUAGGGGACCAGCUGGACGUCCUGCUGGUGGCCAAGGACUAUUUUGGAAGCAUGAAAAAGUAUGGUGGGGACUUCCUGAGGGCCAGGAUGUCCUCCCCAGCCCUGAAGGCAGGUGCUUCAGGAAAGGUGACAGACUUCAACAAUGGCACCUACCUCAUCAGCUUCACUCUGUUCUGGGAGGGCCCGGUCUCCCUGUCUGUCCUUCUCAUACACCCCAGUGAAGGGGUGUCAGCUCUCUGGAGAGCAAGGAACCAAGGCUAUGAUAGAGUUACCUUCACUGGCCAGUUUCUUAAUGGCACCUCCCCCAUCUCCACGAAAUGUGGCCUUAUCUUAAACACCAGCGCUGAGCUGUGUCAAUACCUGGAUGCUCGGGAUCACGAAGCCUUCUACUGCUUGAAGCCUCCAGGUGUUCCCUGUGAGGCCCUGACCCACAUGAAAACCAUGAAUAGUAACAUCUCCUACCUCAGCCUUAAGGAAAAGUUCCUUUUCAAGAGGUUCAACAUAGGGGUUGAAGUGCUGAAGAAUUUGGCCAUCACAGUCUUGCCAUGUAACAGUAAGUCCAGUAACAAGAAAGAGAAAUGUCAGGUUGGAAUGAAGACUCCCUUCCCCAGUGGCUAUACUUUGAAAGGAACGUGGAUUACAACAUUUUGCAAACAGAACGAGUUCAGUGCCAUGGAAGAUAUAAAUAACUGCUUGAAAAGAAAACUAAUUUACCUCAUGGGUGAUUCAACACUGCGCCAAUGGUUUUACUACUUAAACAAAGUUGUUAAAACCCUAAAAUUUUUUGAUCAUCAUGGAACUGGGGUCUUUAAAACUCAUAUCCUUCUGGACACUGAAAGACAUGUUUUGGUUCAAUGGAAAAAACACAGCCAUCCUUUCGUUACUAAAAAUCUGUACUCCGUGAAAGAUGACAACUACAUCCCACGAGAAAUUGACCAGGUGGCAGGAGACAGUGAUACAGCCAUUGUCAUUAGUUUUGGCCAACACUUCAGACCUUUUCCCAUCAAUAUAUUCAUCCGUAGGGUCAUCAACGUCAAAAAGGCCAUAGAGCGACUCUUCUUACGAAGCCCGGAGACCAAGGUGAUAAUUAAAACAGAAAAUAUCAGAGAAUUCAAUGAAAACUCAGAGAGCUUCAGUGACUUCCACGGAAGCAUUCAGAAUCAUAUUUUAAGGGACAUUUUGGGGGAUCUCAGUGUGGGUAUUAUUGAUGCUUGGGACAUGACAAUUGCAUAUCGCAGUGAGGCUAUCCAUCCAUCUUCCAGCGUGAUUGAAAGUCAGGUUGGUAUGUUCUUAAACUACAUUUGCUAG